UGUAAACAAAAUAGUAAACAAUUAAAAUUGUUAAAUAUUCUAUGGAUUUACUGCUCCUAGAGUUGUUAAAACUACUUCCACGUUGGGAAGACAUAGAAGAUCUCCUUCAGGAUGAACUCGAGGCACGCUAUAUACUCAAAAAAGCUACGAUUCACAUGGAAAAACUGCAGAUUGGAAUUUCUGGCGGAGAUUCGGAGGAGGAGGAAAUAAAAUACCUCAUCUGUGCUCUAGUGGACAGAAACUGGGAACGCAUACACACAGGACAUUUUAGUAGUGUUCCUUUGAGCAUUAGAAAGAUUUAUGCCAUUGGAUGUUACUUUAAAAUAUUUUUCCUGCUCCUGGAGGACACGAGACCAGACCAAAAGGAGGAAUGCAGUGGGAUCCUGGAUGAGGCUCAGUUGCUGGGCUGCAUGGAGGAUUGGAGUGAACUAAAAAUAGCCCUAAUGGAUUACCUGGAUAAAGGAAAGGAGGAGAUCACUGAACUGCUGCCGGUUUUGGAGCCUUUAGUUCGUAUUUCGUGCACCUGUGAUAUACCUCAGCUGGAUGCACCCAGCUUAAAAGAAUUCCAAACCAAAUGCUUCCAAGCACAACAACCCACACUCUUGCUAAACACCAUGGAACAUUGGCCCGCCAGGAAAAAGUGGCUGGAUCUCAAUUACCUUCUUAGAGUGGCAGGAAAUCGCACUGUUCCCAUAGAGAUUGGAUCGAACUACGCCAGCGACGAGUGGUCCCAGCAGCUGGUCAAGAUCCGAGAUUUCCUUGACAGACAAUUUGGGUCGAAGAAAGCUAAUCAAGAGAUUGAGUAUCUGGCGCAGCAUGAACUCUUCUCCCAAAUACCAGCCCUGAAAAGUGAUAUUUCCGUACCGGAUUACUGUAGCAUAAGCAAAGAUGAUCCGCCAGGAUCUGUAGAUAUUAAAGCUUGGCUAGGACCAGCAGGCACCAUAUCACCCAUGCACUACGAUCCAAAGCAUAAUUUACUGUGCCAGGUUUUCGGUUCCAAGAGGAUAAUACUGGCUGAUCCCAAGGACACAGAGAACCUGUAUCCCCACGACAGCGAGUUCCUGGGUAAUACUUCUCAAAUAGAUGCUGCCAAGUUGGAUAUGAAGACCUAUCCCCUCCUGGAAAGGGUCAAGUUCUAUGAGCUGCUCCUGCAACCUGGAGACUGCUUGUAUAUGCCACCAAAAUGGUGGCAUUAUGUUAAAUCCGAAGCACCCAGCUUUUCUGUAAGCUUUUGGUGGGAGUAAUUUAAAUAAAUG